AUGUUUCCUAUUACCAGAACAUUAUAUACUACCAAAACUGUUUUAGUACCAAGAUUUAACACUUAUGAUGAAGUAAUUGACAUUAAUGCUUUUGUAUUUUACUAUUCUAUACCAAUUUUGCUUUAUUUUUUAUAUUUAUCUUUUGCCUGUUUGUCGAUAGUUUUAUGGAUCUUUUUCAUUUCAAAAUUAAAAAAAAGUCUUAUAAAUACAGAAACAAUAUUAAGUAAAACAACAGUAAAGAAAUAUAAAAAAAUCAAUAAUACAGAAGCGUGUUCUAUUUGUUUAGAUUUUUUUGAAGAAACCAAUGAUAUUAGAAUUUUGGGAUGUAAACAUUUUUAUCAUGUGAUUUGCAUUGAUUCAUGGUUAAUUAACAAAUUAAGCUGUCCCGUGUGUAGAAUUUCUCCAAAAAGCAAUGAGUCUGAAAAUUGUAUGUGA